CUGCGACAACGCGCUGCGGAAAAUAUUCACUCUAGAAGUUUCAUCACCUCUCACCAACUGCAUCAUCUUCUGAGUCACUCCGCCAUACUCUCGCAACAUCAGCCGCAUCCACGACCACUCCCGCCUGCAACUACUCCGGCGUGUGCUAGACUGUGCAAAGAUUCACUGCACGGUCACAACAUCCCCACCUUCUCCAUCUCUUCUCCCAGCUAUAUGACCCAAGAGCCCAUCAAGACUCCGACGCAGCGCCUGAGCAACAGCAACCUCGAUUCCCUCUCCCUCUCCCAGCAUGGCUCUCUUCCCCGCGAUGCGAGUGACCUCCGUCGAGACCUCUCAGGCGGCUCCGGCCACUCUCGCCUCGUUGCGGAUGACCAGCGUCAGCCCCUCCCAGACGAGAGUGGCGCCGGCGUGAAUGCCGACCGGCUGGACAAGAAGCUGCGACGAUUGACCCUUGACGAGGCUCAAGACGACCGCCCUUCUAUGCCUGGACAGCGAAUCUCCGAAUAUGAAAAGGCUCUGGCCUCCCAGACUGUGAAACAAGACCUUGGAUUCCAGGUCGUAAAGCGCUCAGAGCCCCGCUCUGAUGCAAUACGCAUCGACAACUUCCCUAACGAGAUUCUAACGCAUAUAUUCUCGCACUUGCCGCCCGACUGCCACUCCUCGGUGGCGCUCGUGUCGAAACGAUUCUGGGCGCUGGUUACCACGCAUCAUGCUUGGCGCAUGGCUUUCAUGCGCUACUUUCCAGGACAUACCACCCUAGAUAGCCAUGUUGAAGCCGAUGCUCCACCGUCUGGACUUGCUAUACCGCGUGAAACUGCUAUAUCCUCUGAUGGUUUGCGCUUCGAGACUCGAUACUUCCCCCGGCUCACCUCGCUGGCUACUUGGAGAAGCGAGUAUCUUUUGAGAACUCGUCACCUAAGAAGUUUGGCUCGCGGAAAGCCAGGGACUGCCCCAGGAGGGAGCUUGUCUAGCCGAGUCGGUCGCGCUGGGAAAAAGAAUAGCGCAGUUUUGACCUACAACUCGAAGCUGCCUUGGCAAGUGACCAACAUUCACGCUGUCUUCUUAAAUGGCAAGAAGCCACCACGUGUCAUCCAGGGAGCCGGUGAUCUUGGUGCAGCGUCUAUGAGCGAUCCUACAACUGGCAAGAUUGAAAAAUGGGGCCUCGAAGAUUUAUUUACGAUGCCACAGCUGGACGAAGUUGCUCCAAAUCUGUUGCCGUAUGGCCUAGGAGACGGACCAGCAGGCGUUCCCAACACCAUGGAUGUGAGCUAUACUUACGGCGUAGUAGCUGGAGAGGGAUUUCCAGGCGGCCGGCCGUUCUUCCGAGGCAUCAACCUAUCGCGCGGGCGCUACAUUGGUGCAGAGAUCAAUACUAUAGACGCCCAUUUUGACAUACCCAGGAUUCCCGAAAUGUCCGAUGCAAUCUGCAGUGUAUGGAUUGCCAAGUCAUCAGCCGUCACAUCAACAACACAAUCGAUGUGUGGCAUUCUCACGGGCUCUGCGCUUGGCGUGGUCACUGCUUACUCGCUUGGCUGGGAUACUACAGGCCCGAAAUAUGCCAACGGCGAUGUCACAGCGCGAUGGAUCAUCAGUCCAGGAGUUCCCAUUAUCUCGUUAAAGGUUGAUGACAACUUCAACCAAAAGCGCAAGUCUUCUUCCAGGGUCUGGGCGGUAGCCCUGAAUGCGUUGGGCGAAGUAUACUAUCUGUGCGACGUCCCUGUUGGGAAACCUGUCCGUGCCAAAGGAGAAGAUAUGACGCGGAAUGCCUGGUACAAUGGUCGUACGGUAUACUGGCAUCUUCUGGAGGCAACUCGCAGAGUGGCUCGGGAAGAUGAGAUGGACAAGAAUGCAACCCGUGGAUCUUAUUCGCCUCGAUCGCCCUCAAACGACAUGCAUCUCACCAAAGCGCAGCUAGUGGCAGAGGCUCGAGAAAUCGAAAAAUUCAUGAGAUACAGACCCUCUCACUUCCGCAAAGUUUGUGACGGCUGGGAUAUGCAGCGAAAGCUUGAAGUGGACUUCGCAAGUGAUGACGGUAAAGGCGCCGGAGAGACUAUCUUUGUGAUUAACUGCGGCAUAGUUGAAAACCGCCCUGCCAGUAUCCAGCGUUAUUCGCGGUCCUUGAUCCCUGUACAAAAACCUCCUAGCGAAUCCACGACACCCGUGGCGCCAAUCUCUACGUCGCUAUUCGGUAGUAUUGGCGGGUUUGAUCAUCGAAUUUCUCCGGCUUCCGAGUCUCAAACACCGCUGUCACCGCCCCCUACUCCAAAGUCACCGCCAAUGCCUUCGACUGUUAUUCACGACUGGUCCGACCAGCAGCUGGCACUCAGCAGCUACAGCCAUGAUGCUAUAACGUCGGUUGCUUUAGAUAACUCUCUGCCAUCGCUAUUCACUCUAGGGGAAGAUCCCUUGCAUACUGCAAAUGAAGCUUCAUCUACGACGAGCCCUUGGGCCGAUCAUGGUUCGAGAGAGAUUCCAGGACGCAGAACUCGCUUCAUUGUCAUUGGGACCAACAGCGGCGCGGUUCUUGUUUGGAAUACCCGAGAUGACGACAAAACGCGCGAAAUACAACCCUUGAGAAUAAUCCAAACCGAUUCUCCUGAGAUAUCCGCCGUUGCGGCUACUGGAUUGUACUUGGUUCAUGGCGGUAGUGAUGGCCUUGUCCAAGCCUGGGAUCCAAUGGCAUCUGCAGUGGAACCUAUCAGAACAAUUAAUUGCAAAUCAAAUAGUCGCGUUCCACGUCAAAUGUUAGCCAUGAACCCAGCACUGCGGGAAAAUACUUACUCUGCUGCGGGGGCUAUAUUCCUCGAUCCUGAUCCUACAACUUUGCAGGGUGUAGUUGCUUUUGGAGCUUUCAUGCGGUACUGGUCAUAUGGAUCACAAGGUCACGCCGCAGGACGCAAGCGUCGCAUUCGACACGCUGAUAUGGAUAAUCGUCUAGCUAGCCGCCGGCAAGGUGCUGCGGUGACGGACUAUAUCGCAUCUGAGGAAGCUGAAAUGUAUCGAGAAGAUGCACAGCAGGCUCGUGAAUAUAGCCGCCGUCUCAAAAGAUUUGGCGCUUUGGGUGAUUUGACCGAAGAAGAAUCGAUCCUCUAUGCGCAAAUGGUCUCUGAAGAAGCGUUCCACACUGAAGAGCAACUUCGAACCAGUGACUCAGCAGCUGAUGCCAGUCUCGACACUGCUUCCUCCGUCAGUGAGAAUCUCGAGGUUGUGACACCAGAUCUCAGCAUGAGCGGCCUGUCUACGUCGGAAGCCAACGGUGAGGCUGAGAGCGAGUAUGAGCAGCAAAUCCAACAGGCGAUAAGAUUAUCCCUCAUGGAGGGCGUUGACAAUGAAGGCGGACAGUCCCAGUCCCCCAUAGAUACAUCGCGGGGGUACAGCUCUGGCGACUUUGAGUUCCCCAUCAAUGUCAAGUACAAGCCUGAGAGCAGCAAGAAGGGGAAGCAACCCGAAUCCAGCUCGCCGUCAUCGAGCCACACGCCCGUUGGCGGACCUUCAUGGCAAACCACGAAUGAAGAUGAAGAUUUGGCUAUAGCUUUGAGCUUAAGCAUGCAAGAUCAAGGAGGCAACUCACCGCCACCGUCUUCAUCAGAGAUGGAUGCGGGGCUUGGUAUCCAGCGUGAACAAUUCCCAUCUUUGCCCAGCGAUGGAGUUGGAAAGGGGAAGGAGAAGGGGAAAAGCGUCCAGAGGUGGUAA